AACUUAAUUGGAGAUCGGCGAAGAAAGGGCGUUUUUCCGAUCUUAUAAAAGGAUAGUCGCGACAAACAGGAGCUCUUGUUUUCGUUGUUCACUCGCUCAGUGUACUUGUACUACCGCUCGUACAUACAUACAACCGCUGUUCGCUUAGAAAUUCGCACUCGCUCGAUCGCUUGAUAGAUUUAGCCGCUUUUGCCGUGCUAACUUCUGUGCGCGCUACCGCUCACGGCAUUUUUCUUAAAAGGAACACUUUGUAACAGCUGUACUAAUUACAAAAGCAACGUCAACAAAUUUUAUUUCGUGAUGCGAUGUAAAUGACAGUACUGAAAACCUAAAGCAUAACGUGAACAAUAGAUUUCAAUAUCCUUGGAAAUUUUCGAGACGGACCAUUGGAAGGAAGGUCGAAAGCCUGGGAAGUCAAUAUAGUCGUGCUCCCCACGUGUUACCUGCGAAAUUGUGCGAAAUCACAACAUUCGAUCCAAACACUGUGGGUAUUUGCCUCUUACACCGAAGGAGACUUUUGAUAUAACACGAGAUUGGACUGUGUGAGCAGAAGUCAUGGAAUCAGAAGCGAGAAAUCAAAUUAAUAACAACUAUGACAAGUUCUUCUACGCGACCAUGUGUCACGUUUGCAAACGGUUUGGCGACGGCGUCUCUUUGAAGCGAUGCAGUAACUGCAAGAUGAUCUCCUAUUGCAGUAAGAAACAUCAGAAGCAACACUGGCAGCAGCACAAACCUUUGUGCAAAGCCAUACAGAACGUGCGACAAGGCCGGCAAGGCUACGACAUGAAUGUUCGCGGAGAAACGCCGGAGGAAUGGACCGACAUAAAGCAGAUGUUCAUGCUGCUGGUGUCGCGCGUGCUGAAACGUCGUCUGACGAUGUGUGAGAUGCAAAUGUUCAAAUUUCCAAGGGAGUGCCUGAUUUGCCACGAACGGGACGCUCAAUCGUUGAAGGUUUGUCAGAAGUGUGCUGCCUGCUUUUGUAUAAAACAUAAAGACGACAUUAUGCACAGAAACAUCUGUGAUUCCCUCGAACUAUGUUUUCGUUCAGAUUUAUUAAUUAUAAAAGAAAAUCGCACUAAUUCUUUGGUGCCGGACAUGAUUUCUUACGCGAAACACGUUCUCGACACAACUUCCCUCGACAUUGAAUUUCUGGAUAUGUACGACUUUAUAAACAUUUAUGGAGUUAUUCGGGAUGACUCGGACGGUGUCUUGGCAGCCGACCACUCACAGUAUCUGACACGUCCCUUGACGCUGUUUUUUGCUAUGCGAUUAUUAAACUAUGUCCCAAAAAGCAAGAAAGAUUUAGUCAUUCAUGUUGUUGGUGCCAGUUUCGCCGAGGAAUUCACCUUGAUCGGAUGGGAAGUUUUGCCUUGUUUAUUAUCAGUAACGAUGAUGUCAGUAACGAUGAUGUCAGUAACGAUUGUAAUGAUAGGGCCGGAAUUAGAAUAUAAAUACAGCCCAGAAGUUUGUGAUCCCUGUACAUCGCCGGAUAACAAAAUAAGUUUGAUUUUUAAGUACCACGAUGCGUUAUACGAUAACUAUGUACACAGCUCGUCAUUCGUAAAACCGGACUUUAUUGUAGGAUUUAACCUGGGUAUUCACGAGCAUAAAGACACGUGGACGCGGUCCAUUAAGCUGAUAGCGAAGCAAAAUUGUCCGUUCGUCUUAACGUCUGAAACGCUUCAGGACUUCGAGAAGGAGACCGACAGAAUAAAUACAAUUCUAGAUAGACAGGUAGUUUAUAUCUAUACAGAAAAGAAUCCAUUCGUUAGUCUAAGACCGCAUAGAAUCCUCGGGCCGGAGCGCGUAUAUUAUGAGAAUCAAUAUGUCGCUAUCUGCCGGAAUCUUUGUCCGUAAUUGUUAUUAUGCGUAAUUUAAGCGACCGAUACAAAAACUAACGGCUGUGUUUGAAGGAAACGUAGCGCGCGCAAAAUGACACACACGAAUUAACUGAACUUAACGUUUUUAUUAAAUGUAACGAAAAAAGGAACGCAAAGAAAAUUUUAUGUACUACAUCUGCGAAUCGCGACGUGUCUUCACGAAACAAACUCCAAAAGACUGAUAGCCGACACUCCGGAAUGUCCGCUUAUAUUUAUAAUAAUCCAGGGGCCGUAUUCUGUUCCGCUAAAAUCCGCUUACCGACAAUUGUCGGUGUCGUUGCGCAGCUUUUACACGAUAUGAAAAACCUGCGCAACGACACUUAUCGAACCGACAGUUGUCGGUGGGCAGGAACGGAAUACGGGCCCAGAAAUCCUAAAUGGCUAUUUUCUAAUUAGAAUCGAUUAUUGUCUUACAUCAGUCGAGCAUAAUGGAUUAUACGAUUAUAGAUAUAACAGGAUAAGUGGAUGCGGUAAUGUAAAUUGUAAAAUAUUAAUAUGACUGGUAUGACUGCACUGCAAAUCUCAAGUGUGUUAUUAACUGAAGCUCUUACACAUUUCUCGCUGUUUUAAAUUACGUCAUCUAACACACACGGUUGAAUGUAUUAAAUUAACUUUUAAUUUCAGUUAAUUACAAUUAACUUUUAAUUUAAUUCUACCUUUUUUUUAACACGCAACAAAAUAAAACGAGCUCUAGUAAAACGUGUCAUUUUUAGACGUUUGUGCGUGUAGAGAUAGCACACUUGGAUUUACAAUAUGUUCAAUUUCAAUUCUGUUCGUAAUGAAGACAAGACUUUUUAUUAAUUGUUUUGUAAUAAAAUUUAUAUCUUUGUAAUAAAGUCAAGCAUUUACGAAAUGGCAAUUAUUUAUUUCUUCUUUAUCGAUAUUCCUAACAUUUCUCACAUCACACAGCUGUCUACGACUGCGACAGUCGACGACCAAAACAAUAACAGAGAUCAGGUGGCCGUGACAUUC